GCCUCUUUGCCUACAGCUGUGGCUGCCUGGUCAUUGUGGAAGACCUUCACUCCGGAUCGCAGCAGCACUGGCUCGGGCACCCGGAAGAGAUUUCGACCUUAGCUGUCAGCCACGACGCCCAGGUUGUCGCUUCCGCCUCCGGCCGUGGCCUCGGGGACUCGCGCUGCCAAGUCCGCAUCUGGGACGUGCCGAGCAGGGCCUGCCGGAAAGUGCUGUUCCAUCACGACACCCAAGUCCAGGCCAUGGCGUACUCCUGGGACGACCGCUUCCUCAUCACGCUCGGGGACUACGCAGACCGGGUCAUGGCCCUCUGGAACGCCCACACCUACGAGCUGAUGACGUCCACCCGCUUCUCUGAGCCCGUCCACGAAGUGGCCUUCAGUCCGCUUCUGGCGGGGCACCUGGCCUGCGUGGGGAAAGGAGCCAUGACUUUCUGGCUUAUGGAACAGCAGGGAACGGACACCAGCCUGAAGGUUCACAGGGUCCCCGUCCCCGAGGCCGUCGGGCCAGUGGAGCUGACCUCGCUCUGCUACAGCGCCGGCUGCCUUCUGUACAGCGGGACCAGCUCUGGGCAAAUCUGCGCCUGGGACACGGAGACCGACCGCUGCUUCAUGACCUGGGAGGCCGACGAGGGGGAGAUCGGCGUGCUGCAGUCUCACGGGAACCGGCUGGUCAGCGGCAGCAACACCAAGCGGAUCCGGCUUUGGUCAGUGGCAGCCGUUCAGGAGCUGAGGGUCAGAGGCUCCGGAGCCAGAUCCAGCUCGGUCCUCUUGGAGCAGGAGAUGACCCUGGACGGGACCGUCGUCAGCGCCACCUUCGACGACUGCAUGGAUAUGGGGAUCGUAGGCACCACCGCGGGGACGUUGUGGUACAUCAACUGGGCGGAGAACACCAGCAUCCGGCUGAUCAGCGGCCACAAGAAUAAGGUGAGCGAGGUCGCCUUCAGCCCCGACGAGUCCCACUGCGCGACGUGCGGGGAGGACGGCAGCGUGAGGGUGUGGUCCCUGGCCAGCAUGGAGCUGGUGGUGCAGUUUCAAGUCCUCAACCAGAGCUGCUUGUGCCUCAGCUGGAGCCCGGUGCCCAACUCCCUCGGCGGGGCAGAAGGCCAGCAUAUCGUGGCCGGCUACAGCGACGGCACCCUCCGGGUGUUCAGCGUUUCCCAGACGGAGAUGGAGCUGAAGAUGCACCCCCACUCGGUCGCCGUGACGGCCCUCAGCUACUCCGCGGACGGCGAAAUCAUCUUGUCCGGCGACAAGGAGGGGCUGGUGGCUGUCAGCAGCCCGCGGACGGGGAUGACCAUCCGGCUCCUGACCGACCAUCGAUCGUCCCCCAUAAACGUCAUCAACGGCACGAGGAAGCAGCACGCCGAGCUGGGGGUCGACGGCAGCGAUCUCUGGCUGGCCGCGAGUGCCGACCGGCGCGUGAGCGUCUGGGUCUCAGACUGGAUGAAGGACAAAUGCGAGCUCCUUGAUUGGCUGAGCUUUCCGGCUCCCGCGGGUCCCGAGGUUCCUCGCCCGCUCCCUCCUACCCUGGCAGCCUUUUGCCCUUGGGACAAGAGCACCGUCGUUUAUUCGGGCUUUGGGCUGCAGAAAGAAAUCCUUUUCUACAGUCUGCCGCAGAAGCAGGUGAUCGAGAAGAUUCCCUUGCCUUACUUUGCCACGUCGCUGAGCUUGUCUCCCGCCGCCUGCGUCAUAGCCGUCGGCUUCAACGAGCGGGUCGUGAGGCUGAUCGACCGCACGGCGAAGACCGAGCGAGACCACCGGGGCCACGACGACGCCGUCUCUCUCUGCCGGUUCACCCCCUCGGGGAACCGUCUCUUCACCGCUUCCUAUAACGAGAUCUUGGUGUGGGAAGUCCAGAGUGAGUGCUGAGGCCGCUGCCUCCAGCUGUGCUCGCACCUCUGGCACCGAGGCCAGACAGAGAAGGACUCGAGCGCCGUACAGCUAGCUCGGGGUACCGGAAACCAGCGGCCAAACUGUAAAUUGCCAGCAGGGUCCGGGGGCGGAGACGUCGCGGCGGGCAGAACCAUUCACAGGGAAGAGCUCUCGAGUUGGGGAAGGUAGGCGACAUCCUCUGGACUCCCGUGUCCAAUACUCCCCUCUCUGUCUCCGGAUUCCUGCGAGUCACGGCCCUUCCUUGCUUUGGGGGCCCGGAGCCCCUCACUUCCUCCGUGUUUCCCCAGGAUCUCGGCCUUGCCUCCUUUGUCGGCUUGCUCGAGGGGAGCAGCGGAUGUUUCGAGCGCCCCUCCAAGCAGGUGUUCCUACAGAGGCCAGUUUGAGACUCAAGCAGACUUUGGGAGUCUCGCCUGAGAAAUACAAAAGUAGCACAAAGCUGUAACUGGGUAUGAGUUGGUUUCCGACGCGGGACUGUUGGCAUCGAUGGGGAGCGUAGACACAAACCCACAAGCACGUGGAUGUACGUUCUUUUCCUAAAAACAGGUUCCUCGUCCCUUGCUCACCCUCACCCGUACCGAAUUUUGAUUUUAUCGCUGCUUCUCAGUGAGAUAUUCUGUCGAUGACAGAGCAAGUCCGAAAAGAGUCCUAUUCUUUUGUUUCCAAACGACUGCAUUUUCUCGGCCGCGGCGGGAAGUGAUAUAGAAUCACAAAAACGAGCGGCGGCAAAGAAGAAAACCCCGGGAACGCACAGAGCCGGCAGGUGCAAGAUAACCCGUUGGAAGGAGAGCAGAUCGUGAAGACAAAUUUGCCCUCUGGGUGUUUUUCUUUUUUAAGUUACUUUUAUACGAAGGAUGUUUUCAAUUGUCAACGAAGACACUAGAAUGUUUUUAUACGUCUCAGGCACAAACCCUGUUUAGGUUUCGGGAUGCCGUCGAUAACCGAGCUCCAGUUUCUUCCUCUUGGGGCACAGAGCUGGUAAAGGGGGGGAGAAACAGUUAAUAAUAUCAAGAAUACAGAAUUAUAUUUUGUUUACUUGUUUUUUUU